AUGGACUCGAGCACCGUCACCCAGUCGGAGGUCUCCGAGCUGUCGUUUGCAGGAGACCAGGUCUCUUCGGGAGUCGAAUCAGGCCUGGAAGCUGACCACUCCGAGGGCCACGAGUCGGAAAAGAACGGUCUCAACGAGAUCCGACAUAGAAACACAAAGCCAUGGCCCCAGCUCGUCAACCCCAACACCAAGCAGUUCAAACAUGGACGAACCCGGUCCAGAGGCUCCCUCGGUACCCUUGAUAGACCCGAGCUAACCCCUGUGGAAACCUCGCAGCAAAAAACCCGAAACGUCAUAGAAGUAUUCCUGGUGGUGCUUCCGGCAGCUAUCGCCAUCUACCACGAACGAGAUAUCGAUCUCACAGACCCCAAAUACACCACUCUGGUUCUCUCUCUGCAAGUCUGGGUAGCUGGCCUGGCCAUCUCUCUCAGUUACUGCUACAACAGUGGUAUUUUCGUCGCCAACACCCUCUACUUGGCCUUGAUUCCGCCCCUCGUUGCCUACACCACAAACAAGGCAUCCACAACACUGCUCUCGGUCAACCUGUGCCUCGCAGCAUGCACCCUGCCUUACCCAACUAUGGUCUGGGACAAAUUUCUGGACUUCAACAUUGUGGGUCCCACUCUGGCUCUCGAGUAUGUGACCCCUCCGUUUCGAACCCUCAAGUCAACGUAUGACUACGUGGAACAGGCCGUGUCGUCCUUGACCCAGGAGUCGCUCACAGAGGUCGAAAAGAGACUGCUUUCGUCUCUGGUGGUCAACGUGGUCUGCAUGCAUCUCUUCCGAGACCCCUCGCCCGAAUCCAUUGUGUUGCAAUGUCUCUUUCUGGGCUCGGUCUUCUGUAUUUUUCCUACAUACCCCUGGGUCGAGCGAUCUAUCGCCAUCAUGCGUACCCCGAGACACAGAAGACCCUUGCAUUGGGAAAAGACGCUCACCAAACUCAGCGUGGCCAUUCUCGGCACCUUUUUCGUGCUCAUGAUCAUACUGACUGUGCCAGUCUGCACGCAUCUGCUUGGAGUCACCCCCUUUGAAUUCAUGUGGCUGUAUCUCAACCCCAACGAAGAAACCGGAGUGGACCACACCCGGCUGUACAUGAUGGCUUACUGGGCGUUGUUUGUGGCGGCCAUUCCCGUCAUUGACAAGAUUGGCAACAAGUUCAAGUUCUCGACCGAUAUUAGACGGAAAAUCUGGCACUUUUGCAUCGUGGGCAUGUUCCUGCCCUGCGGAGUCAACACAGAUAGCACCUUUACCAUGCUAGCCAUGGGCUGUACAUUUGUGCUCUUCAUAUGGGUCGAGUUCAUUAGAGCUACUGCUCUUUACCCCAUUGGAUCCCAGAUCCAUGAAGCUCUUCUCGCGUAUGUGGACGAGCGAGACACUGUUGGACCCCUAGUGGUAUCUCACGUCUACCUGAUGCUUGGAAUAUUUCUGCCGAUUCUGUUCCACAAGUCUCCAAUUGGAAUCGUGUGUCUGGGACUGGGAGACAGCUCUGCAUCUAUCGUUGGACGACGCAUCGGAACCAUCAAGUGGUUCGACACCAAGAAGUCUGUCCAGGGAACUCUUGCAUUCAUCUUUAUGGCCUCGGCUGGAAUCUACUUCUGCCAACAGCUCAUUCCAGGAUACACCCACUCUGUCAUUAGUGACAUGCCUCUGUCUAAGAUUGUUGCCACCACCACCGCCACUGCCUUGCUGGAGGCGAACUCGGACAUUAAUGACAAUGUGGUUGUUCCCGUCUACAUGUACCUGAUGGCGGAGGUUUUGACCAAGUAG